ACUAUUUUCUACGAUGAAGGUCUCUGAUAGAACUGUGUUGAUUGCAAGUAUUGCUGUAUUUUUUGCUAAUUCAGUGAAUUGUGCGAGACAGCGUAUGAUUUGCACAGUAGAUGAGGAAAUAUCUGGCAACGGAAACAUCGACUCUGCAUCGAAUACUCAUCUUCAGGGAAGUCCCGUCAAAAAUGACCCCAAUGGGGAACCGGAGAUGCCUGCUUGUCUAGUGGAUUAUGAGAAUACUAAUGAUACUAUAAAGAAAAUUAUGAAAUCGAUUAAGAAGGAAGUGAUUGCAAAAAUAAGGAGAAAGGAAGGAAAUAAAUUGAGAAAAGCAUUGGAAGAACAGCGAACAGGAUUGAACAAAACAAUAAACGAAUUACUGAAAAGAAUAGAGAAAUUAGAAGAGAAUGCGACCGCAGCUCAAUUAUUUCCCCGGUCGAUCAUUCCUGAGGUCACGGAACAAGAUAUUGUUCGUUAUGGCGGAAGAAAAUAUAUACCCUGGGCAUGUCAAGUGGUUGGCAGGGCAGCCGCGAUUGCCACAUGCCAUCAAUUAGGCGGUGAACUCGCAAAUAUAUACAACCAGAUUCACAUGGACAAAAUAAUGACAUUCAUUCGUGACAACAAGAUGGGCAAGAAGAGAUUUAAAAAAUUUUCGCUUGGCAUGACAUAUGACACUGCUAAUCAGAUUCUCAAUUUCCGAAAUGGAACCUCGGCAUCAGAUAGUGGUUUAAGAUGGUGGAAAGGGUAUCCACAAUAUGAGGGGCUACAUCAUGUUUACACACACGUGUAUGUCGGGAUUCACAGAGAUUUGACAAACCCAUACCAAUACCUCAUCAAUCUCAUUGAAGUAGACACAUACGUUCUGUGUGAAAUUUAAUCGUCUGGUUAAAUAAGGAAAUGUCAAAUAAAGGACUACAGAUGAGAGGGGAAACUUUUUUCUCGUCAAACGAAAUUCUGACACUAACAAGUAUUUGUUUAAAUAUGCCCAGGAACUAAUGAAAUGUGCCAAUUUUCAAUUUUUUCUAUUCAUACAGUUGUGGAAUACUGGUAAAUAUAUUUGAAUGAUAGAGUCUCUGCCCCAGCAGAUUCCUGCUUCAACCCGAAUGAUCUCCACUCUAGACAUUGUUCUGUCACUCAUGCAAAUAACAAAUUUAUCCGUUUCGAAAUGUUGAAAAAACAGCAUUCAAAUCUAAUAUACAGUUCACCAUCGGCGUGUUACAAGUCUGGCGUUGCCGUAAAAAAAACCUACCUUUUUUACCUUGUCAUUGAACGUGGCAUUGAUUAUGUCAGAGUUUAUAUUUAUCACCCUUAUACCGCUCCGAACAAGGUAUUCAGUAUAGUACAAUGAUCUGAAAAUCAAUAUAACAAAUGUUCAAUGAGAUAUUAGAACCCUGAGAAUCGCUUUUUGCUAACCAGCUUUAGUUCUCUGCAGAUUCAUGUCCUCAGUGAAUUGUGUGUUCAACUUUAUUCUUUUGAAUUUUACAUGCUAAUUUUUCAUUAGAUGGAAAAAAAAAUGAAUUUGACCAUGAAACCAAAAUGGCCAGCUAUAUCACCUUUCAAAUUUGGGUUGUGAUAAGAUAACAAUUUUAUAUAGGAAAGAGUGCAGCCGUUAAAUCGGAAUAAUACUCAUUAAAUUAAAACGUGAAUCUUAUCGUGAAUUGUGAUAUUCUUCAUUAUUCGAUUCAUCUCGCAUGAUCUAAUAAAACAUUGCUAUUAGCAGUCAGUCUUCAAUAAAAACAGGACUCGAAUUUUGAGUAGUUAUAUUUUAUAUUGCCAUAAAUAUCUUGUACA